AUGACUAGUGUUUACACCGUAAACAAGGAUGACGUUCUCUUGGGUCUACUUUCUUUCUUCUUUCCUACCAUUCCCGUAAUUAUCCGGAAGGGAUUUUGGUCUAAAGACACCCUUAUCAAUCUCCUACUCACAAUCGCUUUUGGGUUCCCAGGUCUGUUCCAUGCGCUGUAUGUCAUUUACAUGACCAGCAAAGAACGUCCUUUGUACGAACCUAUAGGCGGAGAACCUGAUUUGGAGGCUCGUGGCGAUUCUCAGAACGCAGGUUUGUCCUCUGAGCCAGUUGGCGAGGAGGCCGCUGGUGAGCAGCCUCCUUUGUACGACGAAGUAGCUGAAAGCCAAAAUCCAGCGCAUGCCAGCACGGAUAACAAGAUUCAACACUAG